AUGUCAGGAAGCAAAGUGUUUCUAACGUAUAAGCGAAAGCGGCAAUCAAGAACAGAUCCUGUACAGGGACAUGAGUGCCGUAAUUCACUUUUUGUUGCUCCCAAUGAUACUUCUUUAAGCAAACCACCAGACUUGCAAGUUCAUUUGAUUGAUAAGCGUUCAUCAGAAAAUUACAACAGAAAUUCUGCGCACUGUGGAAAAUGCCUUCAGUCGUAUCAUCUCCAAUGCCUAGAUAAGCCCCAUGAGGAAAAGAAACACAUUGAAGUGUCUGGCACAAGACAAAUACCAAUUAAAACCAUUCCGACAAGUCUUGAUGAGGUUCCUUCCCAAAGGGAUGCAUAUGGGAAUAAGUCUAGUGGCAAGAAAGUAGGCUCAUCUUCAAAUGCUAAUGCUGGAGCAUUGGUUGAUGAUAAUAAUGUUGGAGGGAGUUCUUAUGAAGAAACUUCCCCUGAAAACUGCUCAGUAGAUCAUGAAGCAGAUUUGAAGCACUCCAGAGAGAACUUAUUGGUUUCUUAUAUUUUAAUUGCUUACUUCAUUCAUCGGGACAGUUUGAUGCAUGAAGAAGAACAACUUCAUGAUGAGGAAAAGACAGGCAGUGACGCCUUACAACAGGCUGGAGAAGUACUUGGCCAGAGUGCUCAAAGUGCAAUGGAUGUUGAAGUUCUUUGCAUGGAUCAUUUAAGAAAAAGUAGUGAUACUAGAGACUCCUCUUCUGAAGCUGAAACUCUAUGUAAACCAGGAAAAACCCAUGCAUUGAUAAGAGAUGAAGCUCAAGUUUUAUCAAGUGCUGAUCCUAGCCUAGGCGCCUAG